GCUGAAGUUCCUGGCUGCUCCGACCAGCCGGGGCAGCCAGGUCAUAGGUGACAAGGAUAAGAACUGUCAUCCUGAAGCUGUAGAGCGGCCAUCUCCCUGGCUCUGGGUCACAGCUCUCAGGAUGGAGCAGGCAAUGCUGCAGAUGCUUGUUCUGUUGGCGCUGGGAACCUACUACCAGUGUGCCUCAGGUUUCCCGGUGUACGACUUCGACCCUUCCUCCCUGCAGGAAGCCCUCAAGGCCUCGGAAGCGAAGGUGAACUCACAGUCCCUGAGUCCUUACCUGUUUCGGGCGACCCGGAACUCCUUGAAAAGAGUCAACGUCCUGGAUGAAGACACCGUGGUCAUGAACUUGGAGUUCAGUGUUCAGGAAACAACAUGCCUGAGAGAUUCUGGCGAUCCCUCCUCCUGUACAUUCCGAAGGGGUUACUAUGUGCCAACAGCUGCUUGCCGGAGCACCGUGCAGAUGUCCAAGGGACAGGUGCAGGAUGUGUGGGCUCACUGCCGCUGGGCCUCCACAUCCGAGUCCAACAGCAGUGAAGAGAUGAUUUUUGGGGACAUGCCAAGAUCCUAUAGACGGAAGAAUGAUUAUCUGCUGGGUUUUUUUACCGAUGAAUUCAGGAAUGAACGAUUCCAGGACCGGUCACUUGAGAAUGUGAGAAGGGAACGUCUUCCUGCACAUAGAAGGUUCCAAAACUUCCGUCAAAGAGCAAGAGUAAACUCUGGCUUUGAGUGACAUCCUGGAGGCUCUGUGAAAGGAAGAGAAGCCGAAGCAGUAAUGAAGAAAGACGUGGCCAAUUGUGUCACUUUCCCUUUGAUAAGCUCCAUUCUGCAAUAAACGUCUUUUCCUUCCCAUAA